GUAAUCUGUGUGCCCUUCUGACAACAUAUAUUAUAUAUAUAGAGCCACUACUGUAACUUAUCAUUAGAUUAAAUUACAAAGCUAUCUCCCUCUUAUACAAUAAUCUUUUCAUUGAAUUUUAAAUCAAAGUUAAAUGCAUCUGUCUUUCACUAACAUUAGUGCUUACUUAGGUUGUAAAGCUAAAACAUACUGAGUUGUCAAUUGCAGCAUGGUUUCUACUAGUAUCUUUGUUCAGUUAGCCGCCCUGGUAUUUUGUAUAGUUGUUAUUAUCUACACUUUCAGCUUAUCUAUGAAAUCGAUGGGUGAUGAAACAAAAAUGACCAAUUCCAAUGGUACCAGAGUGUCCGACACCCUCAAAUUUGCAGUUAUUAUCUCUCGACAUGGGAACAGAGGGCCACUUUUUAAUUUUCCAAAUAGUCCUUAUCCUGUUAAUGACACAAAAUACUGGCCAUAUGGCAUUGGACAAUUAACUACAGUUGGACGGGAUCAAAUGUACAACUUGGGAAUAAAAGUUCGUGUUCUAUACAAUGGAUUCUUGAACUCAAUGUACUACAACAAGGACUUUUAUGCAUCAAGUACAGCCAUAGAUAGAGCGCUGCUGAGUGGAGAAGCAUUUUUAGCUGGACUGUACCCUCCAACAGGUUUCCAACUUUGGGAUAAAGAAAUCCUCUGGCAGCCUAUACCUAUAUACUCUAACUCUCCUGAUAAGUCACAGGAUUUGCAGAAAUGUCCCAGGUACAUGCAAGAAAGGUUGUCAGCAGGAAAGAUCUACAUUGCUGAUAAUUAUACAAACUUGACAGCAGUUGUGAACUACAUAAAUAGAAUUACUGGUGCCAACCUGACCUCAGUCUUAGGUUUGUUCAUAUCAUGGGACACACUUGCCUCUGAGGAAGUAGAGGGAUAUGUUUUACCAGAGUGGACGAAGAAAGUAUACCCUCAACCAAUGAAUGAUUUAGCUGGAAAACUCUACUAUUCCUUCUUUGCAUCAACUUAUACUAUUUGCAGACUCGUCAUGGGUAAUUUCGUUGAUGAGAUGCUGACUGCGAUGAAGUCUGUAGUGAAUGGAACACUGACUCCAGACCGUAAGAUGUACUUCUACUCUGGACAUGACAUCUCCCUUGUUACCCUACAAGCCGUCUUGGGUAUACCGCAGACUUCCAUGUUCACCUUGGUGGCACCUGGCUCUGGAAUGGUACUGGAACUCCAUCAGGAUCCAAACACAGAAGAGUUCUCAGUUCAGGUACUCUACAUAGAUGGGAGCUCCCCAGACUUGAAAAUUACUCCUCUGGUUAUACCUGGUUGUGGAUCUUCUUGUGGUUUUGACCAGUUUCUUGACAUUACACAGAAAUUUACAAAUGUCAGUUUUGAAAAGGAAUGCCAACUAAACAGUGACGUUAAACGUGAUUUAUUACUGUACUAUGAAUAAACUUGUUCACAAAAUAAACUUUAAUUUAAUGUU